GCGUCAUCUAAUUCUAUUCAUCUGUCAACAUGACCGGUCGUGGAAAGGGAGGAAAGGGAUUGGGAAAAGGAGGAGCAAAGCGGCAUCGUAAAGUUCUUCGUGAUAACAUCCAAGGUAUCACAAAGCCGGCUAUUCGUCGUCUGGCUCGUCGUGGUGGUGUCAAACGUAUAUCUGGAUUGAUCUACGAAGAGACUCGUGGUGUGCUCAAAGUUUUCCUUGAAAACGUGAUCCGUGACGCUGUCACUUACACCGAACACGCCAAGAGGAAGACCGUUACUGCUAUGGACGUUGUCUACGCUCUGAAACGUCAAGGUCGCACUCUCUACGGAUUUGGAGGUUAAUCUUCAUGAAACCGGACAAAGCAUAAGAACAAACGGCCCUUUUCAGGGCCAACAUUUCCUCAAAUCGUAGAACUGCCUUUCACGUUUUAUUUCUCAUUACCAAUAUAGUAAUUUCCAUGUUGAAUAUGGGUGUAUAGUACUGAAAACAUUCUCAUUAUUCUAAGUAUUUGUCAAUACUAGAACUUAAAACACAUGUCCAAGACAAUACGUAUUCCAGCAUUUCAUUUAAUAAUCAUUAAUUCUGUUAGAAAAUAGAAUUUGGUUCCAUCCGAAGAAUGUUUGAAAACCACUUGAAUUAAACCACACAACUCUCGAAUAACAUGAAACCAUUCAUGAGUUCUAGAAUUGAGGUUAGGUCAACUUUUCGAAUCAAACAACAAGCUUAUUGAUAUAGAAGCUAAGGGAUAAACAUUAUAUAUACUUUUAAUCCCAAUAUGAAAUCAUAUGCCAAUAGCGGCUUUCUUGAUUAUAAAAUUGAUCUUAAAUCGGUUUUAUCAUGUCAACUUGACCUAACCUAAAUUUUUUUCUCUUCAUAUGCUCUGGUUUUUGCAUCACAUCAACAUCAUUGACGACGUAUUCUGUUUGUUUAGUCUAAUCAAUUGGAAAUAGCGACAAAUAGUUGAACUGUCAUUUAUUUCAGAUGAAUUGAAAAUUUACGAUUUAAUCAAUUCAUCGUUUUCCUGCGAAAAACUACAAUCUUCUGUUAGAGAAUUACGAUCAGUGAAAGGAUUACGUUUUUUCCGUAACGAUAAAAAAAAUCUGAAAAACAAUGGUCAAACGAUAAAUUGGUCAUACUAUCGUACAUGCUAAUGCACAAGAUUAUGAAUUUAGUCAUGGAAAUGUCAUCGUACGGAAUAAGUUUAAAAAAUUGACCAAGCUGUACAAGUGUACAUGCAUUCAAAACAUGCGGCGUGAUUUCCAAAUAACGACCGGAGUGUAUAAAUUCCAAUUUUUAAAAUUCUCGCUAUUGCUGUGUAAUCAAAUGUCUUCUCAAACGAUUCAUUUACUUUUACUAUGAAAGUGGAAACUUCAGUUUCCUCGGUCUCAUGUUGGUUACCUUACGAUGGAAGUGGUUGAAAAUACAGCAGUUUACCUGUAAAAUAUCGAAGCAGAGACAUACAGAUUUUGAUAGUCGAAAAUUAGGAAAAAAACCAUUUUUUUUUGUAAAACAAAGAACUUUUAUUGUAAAGUAGAAUUUUUUCUAUACAGAAAAAGUACAUAAAGUUCUUUCAUCUCAUAUUUUGGUCGUUUUGGAUAUAAUUACAGCACAGUAUUGAAAUUUUCCAUUGAAACGAAAAU